AUGGGAGAAGUGAAAGCGGAAUUAGUAGGUCUUCAGACAGUUCCGAGUCCCUCGGUGGAGCAGGGAGCUGAGGAUGUAGAAGGGGAGCAUCACAACAAUCCUUAUGCUUUCCUUUGCUUCAGAGGUGAAGAAAAGAAAACUAAGAUGGUGAAAAAAACUCGUGAUCCACUUUGGAAUGAAGAUUUCCAAUUUAUGCUUGAUGAGCCUCCUUUACAAGACAAGAUUCGUAUUGAGGUCAUGAGCAAAAGCAGAGCCAUUUUCCGAGCAAAGGGCAACAGCUUUGGGUUAAACCUUAGCAAGCUGAGGCCAGACCAAGCCCAAGUCACAUUCAAAGCUGAGGAUGAAGCUCAAAAUGAUGCCAAAACCCACUAUACCCAGAAGGCAUUAUGA